AUGAGGAGGAGAAAGAGGAAGGGUGCCAGCAGGGAGGGGGCUAGUGCCUGUCCUGCCACGGUGACGCACAGUGGGACCAGCCGUGCCUGUGGCAUUUGUGCGGACCCAGCUUGCGCAGAGGCCACCCUGCAGAGAUGUCCCGGCUGCUGUCUUUGCAUCACCCUCCUGCUCAGCUGCACCUGGCUUGGCUCUGCCAUCCAAUUCUCCCCAAUGCCUGACAAAGGGCAAGUCUUGAUCUGCCUCACUCCCCAAGAAGAAACAACGUGCCCCAGUGCCUCUGUGGAAGCUUUUCUCAACAGCACCCUCACCACCUGUCUCCUCCCUGCCCUCUACUCUGUGGUCCUGCUCGUGGUGCUGCUGGCCAACACUCUGGCCUGCUGGGUCCUGGUGACCAACUUCAGGAGAUGUUCCAGCACCAUCUUCCUGCUCAACCUGGCCAGUGCUGACCUGCUCUUUGUCCUCCUGCUCCCCUUCAAGAUCUCCUACCACCUCUUGGGCAAUCACUGGCUCUUUGGGGACUACCUGUGCCACACCACAGUGGCCUUCUUCUAUGGGCACAUGUACAGCUCCAUCUUCUUCCUCGACUGCAUUGGCCUGGAGCGCUACAUUUCUGUGGUCCACCCGUUCCUGUGGAAGGGCUCCAGUUGGACGUGGGGCAAGGUGGGCGUCUGUGUGGGCAUCUGACUGGCGGUGGGGCUGGGCAUGAGCCCUCUGCUUUUGCACCCCCAGACAAAUCAUAUCUUGAGCCUGAACAUCACAAUGUGCCACAAUGUCCUAGGAAAGGAUAAGAAAGUGUUCCUUAACUACUAUUUCCUCUCCCUAGUGGGGCUGGGCUUUGGCUUGCCCUUCGUGCUCAUGACCAUCUCCUACAGCUGCAUCCUGGCAUGGCUGCUGGCCAAGGGGAGAUGCUAUGGGCAGGUGGUGCAUGUCCUGGCCCUGGUCCUCCUGGUCUUCAACCUCUGCUUCACCCCCAGCAAUGUGCUGCUCUUCAUCCACUACGUGCUGGAGCCCACAGGGUGCACCAAAGUCACCUACAUCUGGUACGCCCUGGCCCUGGUGCUCAGUGCCUUCAACAACUGCUUCAAUCCCUUUGUUUACUUUUAUGUCUCCCAGAAUUUUCAGGGCUGAGUCUGGGAUGCAGGCAGCUGCUGCCUGGGGGGGCUCAAGACCUUGGUAGGGAGGGUCUUGGAGAAGGCAGCCUUGCCCCUGAGGUCCAGCAAGCAAAGCCAGCUGCAGGUAGAGCUAGGGGGUACUGGGCUGUGUUCCCCUGCCCCAGAGAGGGGGGAUCCUGCAGCUUGGUGCCCAACACAAAGUGCCGUGCUGUCCCAGGCUGGCAGAAGACUUGGGCAGAAAAUCCCACCCUGGAUCUGAGGUUCACCAGGACUUUGCCCCAGUUUUGCAGUUCCUCUGAUGCCGCUGGCACUGCCCCCAUCCCAUGGGUCCCCCGGCUGGGUGCCUGGCUCUGGCACCCCCAUCUUCCCGCCUGCCAGACCCUGGCAUCCCUCACCACUCCUCCUGCAGUGACAAAACCCUCCAGAGUACAAAUAAACCUUUA